AUGAGCAUUAAUAAUAAUAAUAAUAAUGAUGAACAACAACAACAACUAGUCAAAUGUACAUUAGAUGAUGAUCAAUGUUUGAAUCUUGCCAAUAUUCUACAAUCAUUUCAAACAGCCAUAAAUGAAGAACAAGCAUGGGCAUUAUGUUAUCAAAUUGUCAAAUGUUUUCGUCAAUAUUAUCAACCACCAGUGAAUAGUAGUAAAACUAGUCAUCAUAAUCAUCAUCAUCAUAAUCAUCAUCAUCAUGAUUGCUACCUAAUUACUGAUCCAUCACAUGUUCAUAUACAUAAAGAUGGUUUCAUACAUCGUAAAACACUUGAUCCAAAAACUUUCAAUGGAACCAAUGGUCGUACAUUGGCUAAAAGUUCUCAUAAGUUACUUACAUCAUUGGGUAUUGUUUUAUUUCAUGCACUUGAUUAUGGCCUAUGUGAUGAUGAAGAACGUACAUUAAGUAAACCAUUAGAGCUUCUUAUUGAACGUUUGACUACGGCACAUGAAUUGGCAACAAAUUCACGAAGAUUACAACGACAACAGCAACAAAGACAAAGACAAAAACAAAAACAACAACAACAGGAAUCAUCAUCAUCAUCAUCAUCAUCGAUAAGACAAAUACGGAGAAAAUUCAAUGAUAAAAAAUCACCAUCAUCGUCAACAAUAACAAGAACAGCUUCAUCAUCAUCAUCAUCAUCAUCAUCAGCUAAGAAAAAUAAUGAUGUUCGUAAUAAUGAUCAAAUGAGCUCGAUUGGAUCAAUAUGUUUAGAUGAUGAUGAUGAUGAAGAAAAUAAUGUUGUUGAUGAUGAAGAAGAUGAAGACAACGAUGUUCAUCAAGAUGAUGACCACUAUAACGAUAACGACGACGACGAUGAAGAGGAAGAUGAAGAAGAUGAUGAUGAUGAUGAUGAUGAUGAUGAAUGUGCUAAUGCUGAUGAAGGUAUUGAACGUGAUUGUCAUGAAUAUAGUAGUAGUGAAAUACAUUCACAUGGUUCAUCACCAUCAUCAACAAUAUCGACAUCGACAUCAUUUCGACAACAACAUUCUUUAUCGCCUGGAUAUGGAAAAACAACGACAACAACAACAAGUAGAUAUCUACUAAAUUUUGAUCAUGUUAUGCAGAUGUGCGUUUCUCGUCUAUCUUGUCGUGAAUCGGCUGAUAAUCAUUAUAAAGCUGUUUGUCGAGCAUUAUUAGCUGAAACUCUUGAAUUAUCAACAUUUUUGGAUCAAAUUGCCAAAGGAACUAAAGAGUUGCGAAAAUCAUCUAUAUUGACUAUCGGAUCAAAUGUAUCCAAUAAUAACAAUAAUAAUAAUAAUAAUAAUGAUGAUGAUUGUGAAACAACAUUGGAAAAGCUACAAUUUCAUGAUUGGGCACGUCUUUGGAUACAGGUAAUACGUGAACUAAGACAUGGUGUAAAAUUGAAAAAAGUUGAUCAUGAUUCAAUACAUAAUACUGAAUAUGAAUUAACACCAUAUGAAAUGUUAUUGGAUGAUAUACGCGCACGACGUUAUAAAUUGAAUAAAGUAAUGGUCAAUGGUGAUUUACCGCCACGUGUAAAAAAAGAUGCACAUGAAUUGAUAUUGGAUUUUAUACGAUCACGGCCACCAUUAGUACCGGUAUCGAAUCGUGUACUGAAACCGGCACCACCUAGACAGGUUACAUUAUAUGAAAAACUUAUGGACUCUAUUCGCCAAGAACAUCGAUUGAGGCCAACACCGAAACCAUCGAUUAAAACAUAUUCAUUUUCGGCUCAUGUAACUCCUUCUCGAUGUUCAGUGAAUGAAAAUGAAAAUAUUAUGGAAUCGAAUGAUCGAAUGACAACAGCAGAAACAGUAAACGAUUCAACGAAUACAACAAAACAUGGUUCAGUUACUAGACGUAAAAAAUUAUUGAAAGCAAAUAUACAAUUGGAUUUAUUUUUGGAUGAAAAAAAUGAUGAAAAUGAUGAACAGAUUAUUGUGGAAAUUCCAAAUUCACGAUCAACAUCAACAAGGCCAAUGUCGGCAUAUUUUCCUUCGGAAAUUGCACCACAUGAUGAUGAUGAUGAUGAUGAUAGUGAUAGUGAUCUUACUGGAAAUGAUUUGAAUCAAAAUGAAAAUGAUGAUUCAAUAACCAACGAUUUGAUUAUGGAUACAUCAAAUAAAACAUUUCAACGUCUUAAAAAACUUUCAAGUCAAUUUUUUUCAAAAGAACGACGUCAUUCUAUCAGUGUAUGUGAUCUAACGGUGUUGGAAAAAUAUCAACAAAAACAGCAACAACAACAACAACGACAAGCUGAAGAUGUGAUUGAAGAUUUAGAUUUUAAUGAAGAUCAUCGUAAUCAUGUGGCAGCUAUUUGGGAGAAAAAUGAUUUCGGUAAAUCACUAGAAUGUUUAUCAUUAACAUUGAAAGAAGUACAACAUAUACGUUCAGUACUGACGAAAGCUGAAAUCGAAUCACUUGGUGUAACAAAAUCAUUGAAAAAAGAUCUUGAAAAUGGAAAAAUUUGUUUCACUUGUUUGAAAACAAGAUUUACAUUCUGGGGUCCAUGGGCUACCAUUUGUAAACUAUGUAAUCGUGCCAUUUGUGAUAGAUGUGCCACUAAAAUGCAUAUUCCUAUCGAACAGUUUGAUCGUGUUCCAAUCUAUAUGCUAUCACCGACACCAUCACCACCUAAUGAAAAACAUGUACUUGAUAUAUUCAGAUUCGCUAACAAUGACCGAGAGCAGCAGCGAAAACAGAAUCGGCGGAAAAAAACUGCCGAUAAUGAAAAUGAAAAUGAAUCCAAAUCAUUACCAUUAAAAUUAAAUUCAUCACGUAAUCGUAUGAUGAAAAUAAUGCGUAUGUUAACCAAUACUGGCCGAUUACAUAAUGAUGAUGAUGAUGAUCAUGACGAUCAUGAUCAUGACCACGAUGAUGAUGAUGAUGAUAAUGAUUAUGGUGAUGAUUAUGAAGAUCAACAUCAUCAUUAUCAUCAUCAUCGUGGACCUCUAGUCAAAGUUUGUCGUGAUUGUAAAAUAUUGGUACGCCAUCUAAUUGACAUUGGACAUACUAAUUUUAAUGGCGCAAAUUUUCAAAAAUAAAAACAACCGAUAAAGAAUCACUGUGAUAUAAUAAUAAUGAUGAUGAUAUGUGAAACUAUAACUAUUCAAAUGGCAACAUUAUUAUUAUUGACAAACAAACACACACACACAAUGGAUCAAUGAUUUAGAUUUUCACUUUUUCUCAUUUUUUAUGAUUGUUCAAUUGGGAUUAGAAAGAGAUUUAUAGCAGACAAGUAUAUAUUUUUUUUUUUGUUUUAAAAACACUCAAUCAAAAACAAAACACAAAAACAAACAAGACGCACACCCAC